CUGGAGUUGGAUAUUGCCACUGUUUUCACCAACUUUGUGAUUUUUUUGUGCAGAAUGGACACACAAACAAUCAUAUCAUUCUCUCUCUCUCUCUCUCUCUCUCUGCCAGCUGUUCAAUGGCCAGCUGACACCUACCAAUCCAAUGGCGGAAGUUGAGUCAAAGAAGGUAGAAUCUGAGGCGCCAUCAAAGCCUCCGCCUGCUUCGGCUCCGGCGCCGCCCCCGGCCCCCGAAGCCGCCGAAGUUCCCAAAGAUGUAGCCGAGGAGAAAUCGGUAAUUCCGGCGGUUGCUCCUCCUCCCGAGGACAAGCCUGAUGAGUCCAAAGCCCUUGUAGCCAUCGAACAAGUUCCAGAAUCUAAAGAAGGGAAAGUUGGCGAGGGUUCUAUUAACAGAGAUGCUGUGCUGGCUCGUGUUGCAACAGAGAAGAGAUUAUCGCUGAUUAAAGCAUGGGAAGAAAGUGAGAAAUCAAAAGCAGACAAUAAAGCUCAGAAAAAAAUCUCUGCCAUUGGAUCAUGGGAGAACAGCAGGAAAGCUAGCGUAGAAGCUGAGUUGAAAAAGAUGGAGGAGAAGCUGGAGAAGCGGAAGGCAGAAUACGUGGAGAAAAUGAAAAACGAGCUAGCUCUGAUCCACAAGGCAGCAGAAGAAAAGAAGGCAAUGAUUGAAGCCAAGCGAGGGGAAGACAUGCUCAAGGCAGAGGAGAUGGCAGCAAAGUAUCUUGCCACUGGAACUGGUCCAAAGAAGCUGCUUGGAUGCUCGUGCUUCUGAAGCUGAAAGAAUCCAUUUCAGCCUUCAACAUCAUGAUUUCCCUGUGGCUCUGUUUGUUUUCUCGCUUUUAACUUUGAAUUCUUAUUAUUGUAUUGGAUGUGUUUUGUCAUGUGUGCUUAUUCCAAUUUGUUUAUAUUAGUGUUGCACUGAAAUGUGUGCAUAGUGAUGUAUUUAUUUAUGUGUAUAUACUUACAUGGACAUCGUAGCUAAUUUGUUUGUAAUAAGUGAGCUUGAAGUUUCCUAUUU